AUGUUGCACCUAAAUAGCAAUAAUUUAGUUAAAGAAUCAUCGGACAAUUCAGCAAAUAUUGCCACUAUAUUACAGGCAGUCGUAAUUGAGUUAAAGCAUAUUUCCGAAAGUAAACGGUUGAUUAAUGUUAAAUUUAAUUUAAUGGCGAACCCUAACUCUGCUGGAACCUCUUCCAGUGAUAUAUUUUGUCAAGUAGUGAAACAGGUACCUACGAGUUCGGCAGUUUCAGUAACAAAUCGAGUAAAUGCGUCAGACCGUACCAAGUAUAUUGUUGGUUCUGGUACACCUACCUCCACUGGCUUAUCGGCUGCUCCGAAGCAGAAAUUCUUCGACCUGUUCGUCUCUCGUUUGAACCCUAAUGCCGCUACCGAUCUGCUUAAGUCUUAA